AUGUCCCCGCGAGAUGCCCCUGAUGUGAGGUUUAACGCGGAUCAGGACGGGCGCGGCGACACAGCUUUGACCGCAGCUCUCAAUCCGCUUCCUGGCCGACACCUGAUGUACGAGGGCACCGCAGCGGAACUGGUCAAAGGAGCUCGACAGCUGGACUUUGGCGCCGACGAUUUGGCGCCGGCAGCGCCUGUCCCAGCUCAAGGGGGAGAAUUUCAGGAGGGCGACAUCCUCGACGCCCCACCGCGUUUGCUGGAUCUGAAUUUAAAUUCUGUACAUCAAGCUGAAAAUCGAGCUGAAGAGAUUCCUCUUCAUAAGGACGAGGACGAGGGCGCUCCCUCCCGGGGGGUGGCGGGAGCCCUGGAGCUGGCGGCCCACCGGCUGACCACCGCCUUCGGUGCCGCAGCGGCGGCGGAGCCGAUACCGCCCCCCGCAUCCUCGUCUUUCCCGCCCACGCCUCCGCCUGCUGGUCCCACUGGCGGUGGUUUGCUGACUCAGACGGCGAGUGGGGGGCUGGCCAAGGUACCCAGUGCCGGUCUGGACCUCAGACCGCAUACGGGCCAAGCGGGGGGCGCCCAGAGGCUUCUGGCGGCGGCGAUGGCGUCCGUGGGCAGUCUGGCUCGGGCUCGGGCUCGGGCUCGGGCUAGAGCAGCUGGAAGCGGUGGAGGUGGCGGUGCUGAGGGCGGUGAGGGCGAUGAGGGCGAGGCAGCCCUGGUGUCCGCCGCCACUGCAUUGGAGCGCGCAAUGGAGGAGAUUGGGGCGGCAGCGGCAGACGUGGCGCGAACGGAACUGCCAGAGCAGGAGGGCCCUGGAAUGUACGGCACGGGUGAGGACAAGUUUCCCGCUGCGUUCCCCAGCAAGGUGACCCCCCGGGAGGCUACCGCAGCGGCACGAGACCCCGCCGCUAUGGCGGCGGUGUACGGAAACGUCCAGCGUUCGUACGCCGCAGCCCUGCAGGCAUCACCGGAGGCGGCGGCGGCCAUCGGCGCUCACGAGAAUAUUCGCAAAGAGGACCAGUACGAUGGUGGCGGCGACGGCGAGAGUGCGGACGGCGGCGCCGCCGCGGAAUGUACUGUUGACAUUCCGUACGCUGACGUCAAUGAACGGGUGCCGCCGGGGUAUCAGCUGCUACUGAACGCCACGUCAGCUGUCAUCGCUCCCCUAGGGACACCACAACCAGAUGAUGCGGACGUCGCCGCCGCUGACGACGACGGCGGCCGGGUUGGCUCACCUGGCGCUUACGUGUACGACAAGCCGGGCGCGCCGCCGCCGGGCUCCAUGCGAGCGGCCGCCGUGUCGUGCUUCGCCGGUGCCGCUGACUGGGCGUGGGAUGACCCCGACGUGGAUGCGCCGCCGGCGCCAGCUGACGGCGGCCUGGUGCCGGACUCCGCCACUGCGAUACACGACGCCGAGGUCGCCGCCGCGGCCGCGGCCAUGCCGUCCGUCAUUCGCGACGCUGACGACCCCGCGACGUCACCGCCAGGACCCGCUGCUGCUGCUACGUACGACAACCACGCGGUGUCGUCUCCGCGGGGCGGCGGCCCCCGCAGCUGCGGCAAGUGUGUUAUCGGCGCGGCGGCUGACGUGGAUCAUGCCGCCGCCGCCGCCGCCGCCGCCGCUGCGAAGCUGCCGCCUGUUCCUGCCGAUUUGGACGAGGCGGCGCGUGAGGUGCUGGGGCCACACGGCUUGGAGCGUGCGGCGGAGGAGACGGCGGCGGCGGUGGCCACCAUCGCGCCGCCGCGGUACGUGACGCCCUUCCCCCCCCGCUUGCUCGACAUGCUACGGGAGCCCAGCGCCCGUGACCUGGCUGGGGUGUGA